UCAGUAUACGCGUUUCAAAAACAAAAGCAAAAACCAGGGAACGUUCACCUUCACUAGUCCAACUUUGCCUGGCGCCUGCAAGUGCUUAAACGUGAGUUUCGAUUCAAAUCGCGGUCCCUUUUGGACGUCAGAGAGGUUAUAUCAAGCUUAGAUUCUCCGAUUCGAUUCAACUUGGUCAAAUUUGCACGACGUUUUGCUUUCGCUUCAGGAAGCUCGAGUCGAAACCAAUCAUGGAGAAGAACUGGAGAUUUACAAGAUUGAAAGCUCUGGCGUUGUUAUCUACUCUGUAUGUUCACUUGAUCUUGUGUUUGUCUCUGAAGGAAGGGUUAGCGUUGUUGAGGUUAAAGGAGAGAGUCGUGAGUGAUCCAUUUGGUGCUUUAUUGAAUUGGGAAGAGAUUGAUGGAGAGGUGAAUCCUUGUUCGUGGUUUGGAGUGGAGUGUUCGGAUGGAAAGGUUGUGGUAUUGAAUUUGAACAGUCUUUGUCUUGGAGGAACUUUAGCCCCUGAUCUAAGAAACCUUAUCCACAUUAAGUCUAUAAGUUUGCGCAACAACUCUUUUAGUGGUAGCAUUCCUGAUGGCAUAGGAACUUUGAAGGAGUUGGAGGUAUUGGAUUUGGGAUACAAUAACUUUAGUGGGCCACUACCAUCAGAUGUUGGCAGUAAUCCAUCUCUGGCAAUCCUUCUACUGGACAACAAUGUGCUUCUUGACAGCUUGUCUCCUGAAAUUUAUAACCUUCAGACGUUUUCUGAAGUUCAAGUAGAUGAAAACCAGCUAUCUUAUGCAACUGAAAAAUUGUCCUGUAAUGGAAGAUCAAUUACAUGGACUGUCACACAAACUGAAAAUGCAGGUCAUGGGAGACAGCUGCAAGUGACAGCUCCCACUGGACAAGAUGCCAACAGAAGACCAUUUUUUGAUCCAUUUACCUCAUUGUUGCAACCAGUUCCACCACCACAACCCCCGUCACCUAUGGUUGCUCCUUCAACAACCCCUAACAUGUCAAAUCGAACUUCCUCAGAUACAAAUGCGUCUACUUCACCACCUCCGGACUCGGCUAUGAUUCCAUCUGCGGCAAGAGUAUAUAAAAGUUCUACUUCAACACAUCAAAAAGUUGCAAUAUUAACAGCAAGCAUUGGGGGUGCUCUAAUUUUUCUUGUUAUUAUCAUGGGCAUAUACCUUUAUAGAAGCAAUAAGGUGGUUAUUGUGAAGCCUUGGGUGACUGGGUUAAGUGGGCAGCUUCAGAAAGCAUUUGCAACUGGUGUACCAAAGCUUAAGAGAGUGGAGAUUGAAGCUGCUAGUGAUGAUUUUAGUAAUGUAAUUGUUUCCUCACCAAUUGGGACAUUGUACAAAGGGACAUUAUCUAGUGGUGUUGAAAUAGCUAUUGCCUCAGUUGCAAUGACAUCUGCCAAGGAUUGGUCGAAGAAUCUAGAGAUGCAGUUUCGGAAAAAGAUUGACACAUUAUCAAGAGUGAAUCACAAAAACUUUAUCAAUCUUCUUGGAUAUUGCGAGGAAGAGGAGCCUUUCACAAGGAUGAUGGUCUUUGAAUAUGCCCCAAAUGGGACCCUUUUUGAGCAUUUACACAUAAAAGAAUCUGAGCACUUGGACUGGGGAAUGCGGAUAAGAAUCGCUAUGGGCAUGGCGUAUUGCCUUCAGCAUAUGCACCAGCUGAACCCACCCAUAGCUCACAACAACUUAAACUCUUCGUCCGUCUAUCUUACAGAAGAUAAUGCUGCCAAAAUCUCAGAUUUAAGUUUUUGGAAUGUGAUAGCUGCUGCUGAGAAGGAAGGUGCUGGCAAGAAGCUUUUAGAUACACCAAUAGCAGACCAAGAAAGUAACGUUUACAGCUUUGGUGUACUAUUGUUUGAAAUGGUAACAGGUAGGCUUCCCUACUCGGUAGACAAUGGCUCACUUGAGAACUGGGCAUCAGACUAUCUUAGAGGAGAGCGACCACUCGAAGAAAUGUUGGAUCCGACUCUAGACUCCUACCAAGAGGAGCAGCUGGAGCAGAUUAAUGAAUUGAUAAAAUCUUGUGUGCACCCUGAUCCACAUCAGAGACCAGUAAUGCAGGAAGUUGCUGAAAGAUUGAGAGAGAUAACUGGAAUAACACCUGAUGGAGCAAUCCCUAAGCUUUCUCCUCUUUGGUGGGCAGAGCUUGAGAUCUCGUCAACGGAUGCAAUGUAAGAUCGGAUAGACUGAUUGUAAGUAUGAUAAAAUCGGAAUUCACUCAUCUUUGGUAGUUGGCAGGGCAUAAAAGCAAGUUGCCUUAAGGUUGUUUUUACUUUUUACUUGUAUCUAUCAUAGCAUAAUGAGAAGUUACCUUUGUACAUAGAGGUAAAAGGUCUUAAUAUGGGCGAGGUUUGGUGAAUCUGUUUUGCUUC